UUUCAGACGAGUCUAUAUUGUAACCAAGAAAUGCACAGUUCAGCUUGCAAUAUUCAAAUAUGGAUUUUUAGCGUCAUUGCUAUGGAAUUCUGCGGAGAGUUUGGGACUGGAGUGGAGGCAGACAAACGAGAAGGUGGGGCGCCCUUUUGGUGAUUUCCUGUUGGCGUUCGAUUUUAAAUUCACCACAGUCGCCGAGAUCGAAAGUAAGAUUUUACAACACCCAGGAGAUCGGUUCGGCUCCGGAGAGCACUGACAUCAGACGCUGCCAUUUUACGCGUGAUCAGCUGCUUCGGGUGAGGGUGAUUAAUUUUGGAAUCACUUCUAAAGCGACACGGGAAUCACAAGCAUUCUGCAAGACAUCAGGUCUGUUAAGGGUUCGCUUUGAGUCUGGAGUCUCCCUUUCUCCCAGGAGUAUCACUACACCAGUGAUUCAUACAUAUCAUACAUCAUUUAAUAGUGGUGUGCAUAAACCAGCAAAAGUACGAGAUCUCAUAGCAAAAUAAUGUUUAUCUGCUCGGCUUUAAGAAAUUCCAGGAUGAGACAAACAAAUACAAUGGGAAGCAUAAACAUCUGUGGCACUUUUUUCUGGAUUAAAAUAGUGCAAUUUGUAACUCAGCCUAUGAACUCUUCUUCAGAAGAUUUUGUGCAAAUCAAAUGCAAUAACAGCACCAAUGUUCGAUAUGGUGAACAUUUUAUGCUUUCCUGCUCUGCUGAAUUCUAUCAAAAAAUAUCUGAUGUAGAUGUGACAGUACAAUGGCGUUUUGAAAAUAACUCUCCCUGGAAUGCUUCUAAAAGCAAAGCAAACAAUAUAUCUUUUAAAAUAAGCAAUGCAACCUUUACACAUCAAGGAACCUAUGAAUUAGCUGUUCAACCUAUGAACAUGUCAGCAUAUAGAAGAAAAAUAAAUGUUGCUGUUCUCGCAAGCAUGACAGUCCACUGCUCUGAAGAUCCUGUAAAGAUCUCUUCGAACACAUGCAUCGCAAAUAUCAGUGCAGAUGCCAAUCACACACUAAAAAUAUAUAAUAUAAACUGGAAAAGUCUAGAAAAGAAUGGAACGAUUAAAUGGGAUAAGACUUUUACAAACUUCCAACAGGAAAAACUGCCUUUAAAUGAUUUAAGAAAUGUGCAUGAGAACAUCUAUUAUCUUGAAGUUAAUACAUCCUCUGGCAUCUUCAAUGCAACUACAGGAAACAGAGCUGGAUCACUUAAAAAUGGAAAAAAUGAAAGGAAUAAUUUUGCCCUGUUUCAAGCCCUUUUAUUAUUCCAUGGGGUUGUCAUUAUUCUUCAUAAUUUCCCAUGAAACAGAGGAUCUACUCAGCAAAACCUUAAAUUGACAUCAGGCGAACGCUGUCCAGAAUACCAGACCAUAGGAGGGGCCACAAGGUUCAUCUUGUAACACUUUGGCCAGUAACUUUUAAAACUGGUCUUUUGCAUUAAGGUGUUUUUGACUUAUUCCUUGUUGCCUGGUGACACUGAGAAACCCGAGAAGAGGAGCAGAACUAAAAAACCAAGGUGCUUAAAUGACCGUGAAAGUGCUUUGUGUUCAACACAAGAGACAGUUUUCAGGGUCCUGCUGCUUUAAUUGCUUUCUGCAAGGUUUAUUAUGUCAGUGGGAGGCAUAGAAUGAUACUCACCAUAAUUUAACAUUGCUUUUUUAAGAAUCUUACUUAGGAUUUUUUUAUUACUUUGUCAAAAAAUGUAUUUCCAAAUGUGAAGUGACUUUAAUUUACUAUAAAUAUUAUCUGUGAUAUUGAAGACUCACUAAAUAUGUCACUGCUUUGACUUUUCUAAGCUGCACAUCAAGGUAAUAAAAUGAAUCUUACAAGCCUGGUGUAAGACAAACUGCAGAUUAACUGGUAUGCAUUAAAUUUAACAGUAUAAAAGAGAAGAGGUGGAGCUUGGGGGAAUUGUAGGCAUUGUUUUACAGACCAGGUAAUAUAACUGCCUAGGAAGCAACCUGUCUAAUUUACUGCCACACUUGCACAGUGGAACUGAGAAAGAAUGUGUUCUUUACUGAAAUGCUCAGCCUGAAUCCUUACAUUGCUCUGUCUCUGUCUCUGUAUCAGUUUUGUAUUAUGUUCUUGUUUGUGUGUGUUUUCCCACAGGUAUUUUGGGUUCUUUUAAUACUCCAGAGUAGUGAGUGUCAAGAAUAUGAUUUAAAAAUA